CGCCGCGGUGGGGACGCGCUGGACGAGUCCACUGCGCGGCCGCCGUAGUGGGGGGGGGUGUGUGUGGAAAGGAAGCGACGGUUCCCAAUCCUUCCUGGAGGAAGGUCUGGUCUGCACUUCUGCGAGGGAGGUGGCGCCUUGGAGCGGCCUCAGCCUUGCCGGAGGGACGGGUCCAUUGUUGCCCGGAGAGGAGCCGCGCGGCGCAGACAUGAGCCGGGAGGAGAAUCCGGCCAGCAAGCCCACGCCCGUGCAGGACGCGCAGGGCGACGGGCGGUGGAUGUCCCUGCACCAUCGGUUCGUGGCAGACAGCAAAGACAAGGAACCCGAAGUCGUCUUCAUUGGGGACUCCUUGGUCCAGCUCAUGCACCAGUGUGAGAUCUGGAGGGAGCUCUUCUCUCCACUGCAUGCACUUAACUUUGGCAUCGGAGGUGACAGUACGCAGCAUGUCCUGUGGCGGCUUGAAAACGGGGAGCUGGAACACAUCCGGCCCAAGAUUGUGGUGGUCUGGGUGGGCACCAACAACCACGGCCAUACAGCAGAGCAGGUGACCGGAGGCAUCGAGGCCAUCGUUCAGUUGGUGAACAAACUGCAGCCCCAGGCCCGGGUGGUGGUGCUGGGCUUGCUUCCAAGGGGCCAACACCCUAACCCACUUCGGGAGAAGAACCGACGGGUAAACGAGCUGGUACGGGCAGCACUGGCUGGCCACCCGCGGGCGCACUUCCUCGAUGCUGACCCUGGCUUCGUGCACUCGGAUGGCACCAUAAGCCACCACGACAUGUAUGAUUACCUGCACCUGAGCCGCCCGGGCUACACCCCGGUGUGCCGGGCCCUGCACGCCCUGCUGCUGCGCCUGCUAGCCCAAGACCAGGGUCAGGGCGCCCCUGUGCCAGAGCACGUGCCCUGAGCAUCCUGCCUUCAGUGACAUUAAACGUUCCUUCUUCCA